AUGCUGGGUUGGCUGAGGAAAGAUGAAGGCAAGAAGAUCGAGACGUACGAGUCCGUCCUGGACGGGCUACGGGAGAAGUACAAGUCCAAACUGUUGCCCCUGGAACUGGCGUACCAGUUUCACGAUUUCCACUCUCCGCAGCUGGACGACCCCGACUUUGACGCCAAGCCCAUGAUACUGCUGGUCGGUCAGUACUCCACGGGCAAAACUACGUUCAUCAAACACCUCUUAGAAUCCGAUUUUCCGGGCAUUCGCAUUGGGCCCGAACCCACCACCGACCGUUUCAUAGCUGUAAUGUAUGAUGACAACGAAUCGAUUAUUCCAGGGAACGCGUUGGUAGUAGACCCAAAACGACAAUUCAGACCUCUGUCGAAAUUCGGCAACGCAUUCCUCAAUCGGUUUCAGUGUUCUUUAGUCAAUUCCCCUGUCCUAAAGGGUAUCUCAAUAGUUGAUACACCCGGUAUUCUAUCAGGAGAAAAACAAAGAGUGGACAGGGGUUAUGACUUCACCGGCGUAUUAGAGUGGUUUGCUGAGCACGUGGAUAGAAUUAUUUUGCUUUUUGAUGCCCACAAAUUGGACAUAUCAGAUGAAUUCCGUAGAUCAAUAGAAGCACUACGAGGUCAUGACGAUAAAAUUAGAAUUAUUUUAAAUAAAGCUGAUAUGAUUGAUCAUCAACAACUGAUGCGUGUUUACGGAGCACUGAUGUGGUCCUUAGGAAAAGUUCUUCAAACUCCUGAAGUAGCCAGGGUUUAUAUUGGAUCCUUUUGGGACAAACCAUUACGAUAUGAUGGUAACAGAAGAUUAUUCGAAGACGAAGAACAAGACUUGUUCAAGGACCUGCAGUCUUUGCCGGGAAACGCGGCGUUAAGGAAACUAAACGACUUGAUAAAACGUGCAAGAUUAGCCAAAGUUCACGCUUACAUAAUCAGCGCGUUACAUAAAGAAAUGCCAGCUCUUUUCAGGAGAGAAGGCAAGAAAAAAGAAUUGAUCAAGAACCUUGGCACAAUUUAUCAAAAUAUCCAGAAAGAACAACAGAUUUCGCCAGGAGAUUUUCCCGAUAUCAACAAAAUGCAGGAAGUACUGGUGAACUUAGAUUUUAGUAAAUUCCAAAGUCUUAAACCGCAUCUAUUAGAAGAGGUCGAUAAGAUGCUUGCCAACGACAUCGCCAAGUUGAUGGCUAUGAUCCCUUUGCAGGACAAGUAUAACCGUAAGAUGAAUAAUGGAGACGCCGAACAGCAGGAGCAACAGCAGGCCGUAGUUAAAGGUGGUGCGUUCGUGAGCGUCCAGGACACAGCGAGCCCAUUCGGGUACAAGAGAGGAGAAGGUAUUGAUGCUGGCAAGGGCGAAACUGGUUGGGUGGUGGCCAAGGAACGGCAGAAGUAUGACGCGGUAUUCAACACGCUGGAGAAGUCUGACGGAAAACUGUCGGGAGCCGUGGCCAAAGCUGAAAUGGUGAAAUCGAAACUGCCCAACUCGGUGCUGGGUAAAAUAUGGAAGUUGUCGGACAUUGACCACGACGGUUUUCUAGACAUGGAUGAGUUUGCGUUGGCAAUGCAUCUGAUACAAGUGAAGCUGGGUGGACAUGAUCUGCCCAUUGAAAUACCCGAUCACUUAAUUCCUCCCUCAAAACGGGACGUUUAG